AUGUUACUCUCCAAAGAUGAGACUCUGCACUAUACCUACGAUUCCGAACGGGUUCAGAUCGAAGCCUGGGGUCCGAAUGCCCUUCGGAUUCGUGCCACCAAGUUUCAUACCCUGCCGUCGGAAGACUGGGCUUUGACAAUUCCGCCGCCCAAGACCGAUGUAUCUAUUUCUAUGAAUGAUGGGCAUGCGUCAAUCAGCAACGGCAAUAUCUGUGCCAUGAUAUCUUCGCGGGGCAAGAUUACUGUCAAAAAUUCCAAGGGCGAGUUACUGCUUGAAGAGUACCAGCGCAACCGUUCGGAUGUCGAGGAUCCAAAAUGCAGCGCCUUGAUGAUCGAAGCAAGGGAGUUCAAGCCCUUGUUGGGUGGUGACUACCAUUUGACCUACCGUCUGGAAUCCAUUGAUCGGAAUGAGAAGAUCUACGGUAUGGGCCAGUAUCAGCAACCAUUUCUUGACCUCAAAGGACUGGACCUCGAAAUGGCCCAGCGCAAUUCUCAGGCAAGCGUGCCUUUCAUGCUCUCUAAUCUAGGAUACGGCAUGCUAUGGAACAACCCAGCCGUCGGCAGAGCUGUGCUGGGAAAGAACACGAUGAGCUUCGAGGCUUAUUCCACGAGGGUGCUUGAUUAUUGGGUUGUGGCUUGUGACACCCCGACCCAGAUCAUCGAAGCUUAUGCGGACAUCACGGGCAAGGUACCGAUGAUGCCUGAAUACGGACUGGGCUUUUGGCAGUGCAAAUUGAGAUAUCAAACUCAGGAAGAGCUUCUGGAUGUUGCACGAGAGUAUCGAAGACGAAACCUGCCGCUUGAUGUUAUCGUGGUGGAUUUCUUUCAUUGGCCGAAGCAAGGAGAAUGGAAGUUCGACCCCACAUACUGGAAAGACCCCGGUGAGUCUGCCAUGCGAAGACUGUUAUCGACGUGGAAGGAGUCGGCGACAGAGUCAGCGCCUGAGUUCCACUUUCCCCCUCCUUCUUCCGCCAUCAAACUCCAACUCGACUCUUUCUCGCCGCACUCUACCCCUGAAAAGGGCCCUGCUAUCAAGGAGCUCAAGUCGAUGAAGAUUGAACUCCUUGUCUCCAUCUGGCCGACAGUCGACAAGCGAUCUGAAAACUACGACUACAUGCUGGAAAACGGCCUUCUGAUCCGGCAAGACCGAGGACUGCGGAUCUCGAUGGACUUUCAAGGAGAGACCGUCCACGCUGAUUUCACGAAUCCGGCCACAAGAGAAUUUGUCUGGAAUACGGUCAAGAAGAAUUACUACGACAAGGGUGUGAAGCUUUUCUGGCUUGACGAGGCGGAGCCAGAGUACAGUGCCUAUGACUUUGAUAUUUAUCGGUACCAUAGCGGGAGUUUGUUGAGCACCGGGAAUGCAUAUCCAGUUGAAUACGCCAAGGCCUUCUAUGAGGGAAUGGUGAAGGAUGGCAAGCAGAAGGACGUCUGCAAUCUUAUCCGCUGUGCUUGGGCCGGAAGUCAGAGGUUUGGGACGCUGCUGUGGAGCGGUGACAUUGCAAGCAGCUGGGAGAGUUUUCGAGACCAAUUUGCGGCUGGUUUGAAUGUGGGGAUUGCGGGCAUCCCAUGGUGGACUACGGACAUUGGUGGCUUUCAUGGAGGAGAUCCCAAGUACCCCGAAUUCCGUGAGCUCUGCACUCGAUGGUUCCAAUACGGCUGUUUCUGCCCUGUCUUCCGCCUCCAUGGCGAUCGUGAGCCCAAGCAGCCCCAACACGGCACCACCGGUGGCGCGACCUGCCUCUCUGGGGCGCCGAACGAAAUCUGGUGCUACGGCGAAGAGUGUUACCAGAUCAUGAAAAAGUACCUUUUCCUGCGCGAGAGACUCCGUCCGUACAUCCGCGACCUCAUGGCCCAAGCACACAACAAGGGCACGCCGGUGAUCAGGACCUUGUUCCUGGAGUUUCCCGACGACAAGAGGUGUUGGCAGGUCGAGGACCAGUACAUGUUCGGACACAAGUAUCUCGUCGCGCCGGUCAUGUGCCCGGGCAUGACCACGAGGAAGGUGUACCUGCCGAGGGGUGCCACGUGGCAAAGGUUCGAUGAUGGGGAGGUCCAAGAUGGGCAGACUUUUAUUGAUCCCAUCAUGGAUCCUGUCACAGCAGUUUCCAUCGCUGGGAAUGCGAUUCAAUUCGUGGAUUUCACUGCCAAACUCAUCUCGAAAGGGGUAGAACUGUACAAGAACAACACACUAUCAGAGCAUGUCGAGUUGAGCAAGGCAGCCGUUCAGUUGCGGAGUUUCCAAUUGCCUCACAAAUUGGACGACCUACGGUCUCUUCAGACGACAUCGCUGACCAAAGACCAGUCUUUGCUUUUAUCCCAGCUCGAAGAAGCUUACAGUUAUUGCACGGACUGUGCUGAGCAGAUCAUUGAAGCCGUGGGCAAACUCACCGUGUCGGGAGACCAUAGGAAGUGGAAGAGUUUUCGCCAUGCCUUGUCCAGUGUGAUGGGUGUUUCAAAACUGGACGACGCAAGCCGGCGCUUGUCCAAUGCACGUCAACAGUUGAUGCUGUUCUUGCUACUCUACAACGACGACAGGCGCGAACGAGGUGCUCGUGAACUGCAAGAAAUGCAAGCGGGUUCAUCAGCAAGCAUCUUGACAGAAUUACAAGGGCUGAAAGACGAAGUCCACUCCUAUCUUUCCAGUCUUCGUCAACAACUCGUUGCGCAAGAUCAGUCAUUACGGGGGGCCAUUAUGACCUCAUGGAUACACCAACACGAGCCUACUAUGGCCCUGGCGGAAGAAAAGGUUGCUGAGGUUUUGCAGGAGCAAACUCGUCUACGAUUCUGCUCGCACCUUCGCUUCCACCAGAUCGAUGAUCGGUACGGCAGCAUAGCACAGGCGCAUAAAAAGACCUUCGAAUGGGUCCUUCAACCGGACGGUCAACGAGAUGCAUCCUGGUACAAUUUCGCACAGUGGUUGGAAGAGCCUCAGCCGUUGCACAAUAUAUACUGGCAAAGUGGAAAGCCAGGGUCAGGCAAGUCUGUAUUAAUGAAAUAUCUCUCGACAUCACCGACGACGUUCCAGCUGCUGUCAAAAUGGCAAUCACAAAAGCACCUGCUGGUGGCCAAAUGUUUCUUCUGGAAUCCAGGGACAGAGUUACAAAAAUCUCUCCAAGGAAUGCUGAGGACACUCUUAUUCCAAAUAUUGAUCGAUAAAAGAGUCGAUUGUACAGUCAUUGAGGAUAUUGCUCCGUGGCGGUGGCACGAAUCUCAGAGCUCAAACUUCGUCCCGGAAGCGUGGUCUGUGCCUGAGCUAUCAGCCAUGUUCGAAUCGACCGUACGACGAAUAGCUGAAUUUGCAAACGUCGUGUUCUUUGUCGAUGGGCUCGAUGAGUUUGGCCGCGAUAAUGUCGAGCGGCAGGAACUUGUCAGGCUUUUCCUGUCGUUGCGAGGCCUGGAAACUGUCAAAAUCUGCGUUUCAGGUCGACCUUGGAAUGUCUUCAUCGAUGCCUUCGAAGGGUUUCCUUCUCUACGACUGGAAGAUCUGACCAGAGGAGACAUCCUGGACUUUGUGGAGGCUGAAUGUCAGGAGAGUAAGGCCUUUCGGGAUCUGGAGGCCGUGGACCCAGAGCAAGUCUUGCAUAUCCGAGAAGAGAUCGUCACAAAGUCCUCUGGGGUCUUCCUCUGGGUUUACCUGGUCACUAAGAGGCUCUUGGCCGAGAUGCAGGAUGGCCUGAGGUCGCCGAAAAAGCUCCUCGAGGAAAUUCCCGAAGGCCUCGACGAGUACUUUCAAUUCAUGCUUUCCGCCAUCAGCACACGGGAUCAGGCAAGAGUAUCGAGAAUCCUUCAACUCAUGAAAGCCAUCCGACCUUCCACUCUGCCAUCGCUUAUGAUACUCUCCUUUACGGACGAGGAGAGUGCCGACUUCGCUCUCCAGGAAGGAUCCGCUCACGAGAGUCUGGAUGCUAUCAGGGCCAGGGUACUAUCGAUGAGGCGGCUCUUCCAAAGUCAGUGCAUGGACUUACUGGAGUACAAAGAGAUUCCACAAGAUGGUUACCCGUGGCAGAAUUCGGCGGUGGACUAUCUGCACCGAACGGUGGAAGAAUUUCUCUCCUCGCCUGCGACUCAGAACUUACUCAACAACUACACCAAUGGCGCAUUCGACACGUCGUGGUACCUCGUAAAUGCCCACCUUAAGCACAUGGAGUUCAUUGACGCGUUUAUCACAAGCCAUCGGCCACCACCUCAGCAAGAAGCACACAAAAUAAUCUACCACUUCAACAAUUGCGGGCUGGAGAUGAACCGUGUCAAGGGCCGACCUAUCUCGUCCGUUGUAAGAUGUUUCGACAAAGCGGCCGUGAUGGUCUGCGCAUUGCUCGAAAUUUAUCCGUCCCCUUACAAUUCUGGUGCGUUUGGGUGGCCUGUCUAUAGCGAUUUGUCUGGGUUACCACUGGAGAAUUUUGACCCUGUCCAGUUACCCGUGGAAGAUCCUCAUCUAUUUCUGGCAGUGAAAUACCGUGUCAGUGCGUAUAUUGAGGCAAAGCUCAGCAUCAAUGAGAAUCUGCUCAGUCCAAAAUUCUACGUUUCAGCCAUGUUGUGUUACAACCAGGAAGUGACCAAUGAGCUAGACGCCUCAGUGGUACUGUUGCUUCUGAAGCGUUGCAGAUGCUUCGCAGAUGCUUCGGAGGCUCUGAACCUAUCUAGCAGAUAUUGGAAAAAUAUGCACAGGAUCCGCUGUCCCAGGAGCGGAUACUACAUGGAUCAUGCUGGGGCUGCAAAUGCAAUGCUUGAGUUGACAAAAGGGCUGGAACUGACUUCAUAUCAAGCGUCAGGCCUGGCUCGCACGAUGCUCAACGUAUUUGGAUAUGACACCUUACCCUUGGCAGGGCGGAAAGAUGUUCAGAAACACUUGCACAAAGUUCAAAAGACCUGGCGAGUUACCACGCCCAAAUGGCCAGAAGCUUUGGGAUUUCACAAGCUUGGUCAGCGGAUGAGAAGGCUGAUCUCACCAUAA